AUGGAUGGCCCGGCGCGAUGCAACGGGCUUCGGAAGAAGCGGCGAUCGCGGUCCCAGCGCGACCGGGAGCGGCGAGCUAAAGGCGGGCGGCGCGGCUCUGCUGCCGGUGGGGCCGCCGGCCCCGGGGCCGCCGCCGCGCUCUCCUCCUCGGGCUCGGAGAAGGAAGACAAUGGGCCCCCGCCGCCGUCCCGGCCGCGGCCCCCCCGGAGGAAGCGGCGGGAGUCCUCCUCGGCCGAAGAGGACAUUAUCGACGGUUUCGCGAUGUCCAGCUUCGUCACUUUCGAGGCGCUGGAGAAGGACAUAGCUCUGAAACCUCAGGAACGUAUGGAGAAGCGACAGAAUCCUCUAGCCAAGAAGAAACGGGAAGCACUUACCAAUGGGCUGUCAUACCUCCCUAAAAAGAACAGACUUCACCACCACCACCAGUACAGCUCCGACCGAGAAAACGAUCGCAAUCUCUGUCAGCACCUUGGGAAGCGGAAGAAAAUACCGAAGGGCCUCAGACAGCUCAAGCCAGGCCAAAACAGUUGCCGAGACAGUGACAGCGAAAGCGCCAGUGGGGAAUCGAAAGGUUUCCAUCGGAGCAGCUCUCGGGAAAGACUCAGUGACAGCUCAGCUCCUUCCAGCUUGGGAACAGGCUACUUUUGUGACAGCGACAGUGAUCAAGAAGAAAAGGCAUCUGAUGCCAGCUCUGAAAAACUGUUCAACGCUGUUACAAACAAAGAUAAAGAGUUAGGAGUCAGCGCGCUAGCUGAAAAUGACGACCCUGGUGCUAGGGGCCCAGCUGUCCCGAAAAUAUCAGGAUUAGAAAGGAGUCAAGAGAAGAGCCAGGACAGCAGUAAAGACCCAAUACUUGAGCCUGUGGUGCCUAAAGACCCUUGUCCUCAGGUGACACAGCCUUUGGCCCAGCCCCAGUUGGAGCCGCAGCCCGAGGCGCCCUGCCCCAGCCCCGCGCUCGCCCCGCGGCCGGAGGCCCCUGCCCAGCCGCCCCCGCCGCAAGCCGCGCAGCUGCCACCAGCCUCGGAAGAAGCCAGCCGCCCGCCGGCGCCGCCCGUCCAGCACCCGCCCCGGCCGCAGUCGCCGGUGCAGCCGGCUCAUCCCACCCUCCCUGCGGUGCAGCCCCACCCGGUCUCUCAGGGCCUCUCGCAGCCACUCUCUGCCUAUAACAGCAGCAGCUUGAGCCUCAACAGCUUGAGCAGCAGCAGAAGCAGCACUCCUGCCAAGACUCAGGCCCCUCCUCCACACAUAUCUCACCAUCCCUCAGCCUCACCAUUCCCCCUCUCUUUACCCAGCCACAGCCCGCUGCAUACCUUCACGCCCACCCUCCAGCCCCCCGCACACCCACAUCACCCCAAUAUGUUUGCCCCUCCUACGGCUUUGCCUCCUCCACCUCCAUUGACGUCAGGGACACUGCAGGUUCCAGGACACCCAGCUGGUAGUACCUACUCAGAACAAGAUCUCCUCCGUCAGGAACUGAACACGCGAUUUUUGGCCUCGCAGAGCGCAGAUCGCGGGGCCUCCCUGGGUCCCCCACCCUACCUGAGGACCGAGUUCCACCAGCAUCAGCACCAGCACCAGCACACACACCAACACACACACCAGCACACCUUCACGCCUUUCCCUCACGCCAUCCCACCCACUGCCAUCAUGCCGACGCCAGCACCGCCCAUGGUGCGUACCCCAGGCAGAAAUUUUGACAAAUACCCUACAAAAGUUGACCCCUUCUACCGUCACAGUCUGUUUCACUCCUAUCCUCCAGCUGUAUCAGGUAUUCCUCCCAUGAUUCCUCCAACUGGCCCCUUUGGCUCUCUACAAGGAGCAUUUCAACCCAAGACUUCCAACCCUAUUGAUGUUGCAGCCAGACCUGGAACUGUCCCACACACCCUUCUACAGAAGGAUCCACGGUUGACAGAUCCGUUCAGGCCCAUGUUGAGGAAACCUGGGAAGUGGUGUGCUAUGCACGUUCACAUCGCCUGGCAGAUAUACCAUCACCAACAGAAAGUCAAGAAACAGAUGCAAUCUGAUCCACACAAGCUGGACUUUGGCCUGAAACCUGAAUUUCUGAGCAGGCCACCAGGCCCCAGCCUUUUUGGAGCCAUCCACCACCCCCAUGACCUGGCCCGGCCCUCGACUCUCUUCUCCACAGCCAGUGGGGGUCAUCCAGCUGGCACCCCUUUUGGCCCACCACCUCACCACAGCAACUUCCUCAACCCAGCUGCUCAUUUAGAGCCUUUCAAUCGACCGGCUUCCUUCAGCGGGCUCACUGCGGUGGGCAGCAAUGCCUUCGGGGGACUCGGCAACCCGACAGUUACACCCAACUCAAUGUUCGGCCACAAGGAUGGCCCCAGUAUGCAGAGCUUUAGCAACCCUCACGAGCCCUGGAACCGACUGCACCGAACUCCUCCUUCGUUCCCGACCCCUCCGCCCUGGCUGAAGCCAGGAGAGCUGGAGCGCAGUUCAUCUGCUGCAGCUCAUGACAGAGAUAGAGAUGUAGAUAAACGAGACUCAUCUGUUAGUAAAGAUGACAAAGAAAGGGAGAGCAUUGAGAAAAGACACUCCAGCCAUCCUUCGCCAGCACCUAUCCAUCCAGUAAACUCCCUCGGCCAUAAUCGCAGCUCAAGUGAGCAGAUCAGGAGCCAUCUGAAUCCCGAGGGUCGAGAAAAAGAGAAGCCCAAAGAACGAGAGAGGGAUCACUCCGAAUCGCGGAAGGAAAUCAGCGUUGAAGAGCACAAGGUGAAGGACAACUACAUUACGGAGAAAGAAGGCCUGAGCCAUGAAAGCCGUGUGGUGGAAGAAUCUAAGCAAAUGCCCAGGGUUCCUUCACCCUAUGCUAGGCCCCCCGUUGUGGAAAGCACCAGGCCUAACAGUACUUCAAACCGUGAGGCCGAGAGGAAGACCGAGCCGGCGUAUGAGAACCCCAAGAAAAGCAAUGAAGUCAAAGUGAAGGAGGAGCGAAAGGAAGACCAUGACGUUCAACCUGAGGGACCUCAGACUCAUAGGUCAUCUGAUCAGCCACCACCUAUAUCUACAUCGAAUGUCCAUCCAAGUCCUUUAGUGUCUAUGCCCAUGACUGUAGGUGUAACUGGUAUACAUCACAUGAACAGCAUCAGUGGCCUGGAUAGGACUCGCAUGAUGACCCCUUUUAUGGGAAUUAGCCCGAUUCCUGGUGGAGAACGUUUCCCCUAUCCUUCUUUCCACUGGGAUCCAAUGAGAGAUCCCUUAAGAGAUCCCUACAGAGAGCUAGAUAUUCAUCGGAGAGACCCCCUGGGCAGAGACUUUUUGCUAAGAAACGACCCCCUUCACCGUCUUUCUGCGCCGAGGUUGUACGAAGCAGACAGGUCAUUCAGGGAUCGGGAACCCCACGACUACAAUCACCACCACCAUCACCACCACCCUCUCUCCGUAGACCCUCGACGUGAGCACGAGAGGGGCAACCACCUGGAUGAGAGGGAGCGGUUGCACAUGCUCCGAGAGGACUAUGAACAUGCACGCCUGCACUCAGUUCACCCUGCAGCCUUGGAUGGGCACCUGCCUCACCCAAGCCUCAUCACGCCAGGACUUCCUAGCAUGCACUACCCCAGAGUCAGUCCCCCAACGGGACACCAAAACGGCAUCCUCAACAAAACGCCCCCCACAGCAGCUCUCAGUGCCCCUCCACCUCUUAUUUCUACUCUGGGACCUCGGCCUGGGUCUCCCAGAAGGACUACUCCUCUGUCAACAGAGAUGAGAGAGAGGCCUCCCUCUCACACCCUCAAGGACAUUGAAGCUCGAUAA